AUGGCUGACCCUUCCUUGGGCGACACCACCAGUGCAUCGCCACCACCAACACCGGCACCUCCUCACUCGGCGAUGGGUCGCGCCCUCGACAUGUCAGAAAUAUCCUACCUCAUCCGUCAAAACUUGAAGGGAGUCCACCUCAAAUCUGCCGUCCUCGUCUGCAAGCUCUGGUGGCGCCUCUUUGCCCCUUACCUCUGGGAGCGUGUGUUCAUCGAUGCUGAUCCGGACGAGAAGGAUCGCGAGGUACUGGUUAGGAAUGGACUUGCGGCAAGGUCGUUGACAUUGUCGAUUUAUGACCCGGAAGAUCGGGAAGGGGUUGUGGGGUAUGUUGUGGACCGGUGUCGCAAUGUCGAGGCUUUGCAUUUGAAGUUGUUUUCGCCGGAAUUGGUGGUUGUUGAUACGGAGGCCAUGGAGAGGCGGUUGCGGGAGGCGCGGGAGAACGCUGGCGCAGGAGUCAAGAACACGGAUCAGGAGCGACGGUUCGGGAUCAGGAGCGAGUGCAGGACCGAUCUUCUGGACUCGCUACUCUCCAAGUUGCCUUGUGUCUUUGAGCUCACUCUGUCAAUCGCACACGAGGGUCUGAGACCGGAAGUACUCUGGUGUGUCCCCACGUUGACAAGACUGAGGAAGCUGACUAUCACCGGUGGAUUACCGGGCAACGGAUAUACCAUCCACAAAAACCGGCAAUGUGAUUGGGAUCUUAUCCUGCGUACCAGUCGAGAGUGCAAGCACUUAGACUCGUUGUCUGUGUCGUGGGAAUCGAAUAAGCCCCAGGAUGCCAACCAUGAUGCGGAUCACCAGGCUCCAGCUGCUCUCCCGACGAGCGAACAGUUCCUGAAUCUACGAACUCUUAGCCUCGCCCACUGUGAACUUCCGGGCUCCCAGAUGGACUUAGUCUACCGUUCCUGCCCGAAACUGCGCGCGGUCGAGUUCAAGGCCAUCAACACCAGCUCUCUCAUCGUGGAGAAGAGCCUCAAGGUCCUGGCUCAAUCAUGUCCAAAUCUACACUCGUUCAAGUUCCUUGACGCCGCGAGAAAGAAUGACAGGAUCGACUACUCAACAUCCCUUCUAACCGGACCAUCGACAAGCCUCCACUCGUUGACACUUUCGAUCACUGCACACAACAGCCGCACGGUGUUUGGUAACAACCCUGCUGCCGAUCGAGAUUACACGGUCAACAACAAGGACGCCACCGAAUGGACACCUCUGGCAUCGAUCACAUCCCUUGAUAUCCGUGAUGUCAGAUACCCCCAGGUCCUCCUCGACACCAUCGCCUGCACUCCCGCCGGGUUAACACACCUCACCAUCGACGGAUUCAUUGGCAACUCGUACGCCCUCCGCCAUGCCAUCUGUCCCACGUUCACCGACAAUUCGUUCUCCACCAUUGAAAGGAUGUAUGAGCUCGAGAAGGAUCCUCUCCUCCGGAUGCCGACGUUUGGGUGCCUGGGCACGUUGGCAUAUCUGGAUAUUUCGACGCUGGAUGUGACUGACAGCAGGCAGCUGUUCAAGAUAUUGUUUAGGAGGGUUCAGGAUUUAAGGAUUUUGCGGUUCUUGAAAAUGGCGAGAGCGCACAUUUUGGCGGCGAAUUUGGAGUUGAGCUGGUCGGACGAUACUCUUGCCAGAGAAGACGAUCAUUUGGGAGCGACAACAUCGACGAUAGCCCCGGAACCAACUCUUGAGGUGGAAGAAGAAGAAGAACAAGCUGUGCAAGACUGGGAGCCAUCCGACGAUCAAGACUACGAAAAGGCCUUCAUCUGGUUCCCAACUGUCGAACACCUCUACUUGGUCGACACCGAGUACCGAAGGUACCAUGACCUGAACCCGUUCUUGACGCAGCAUCAGGCGAGUGCGCUGGUGAGGAUGAUGCCGCAAUUGAAGGCCAUGUCGUUCAAUCGCGAGGAUGCCAAGGCUGGGUUGGACGGCAUCAUUGAGGCGUGCCCGAAGGUUUCUUUCAACUUCAUGAUGCGCCAGAAAUAA